UGGAAGGGUCUGGGAGAGGAGGAUCUCGCGAGUCUUGGAGUUUUGGUGAGAGUUUGUGGAAGAUGGCGCCUGUUGUGACAGGGAAGUUUGGGGAGCGCCCUCAACCACAGCGCCUGACGAGAGAAGCCAUGCGAAAUUACCUGAAGGAACGAGGAGACCAAACUGUGCUCAUCCUACACGCUAAAGUUGCACAGAAAUCAUACGGCAAUGAAAAAAGGUUUUUCUGUCCUCCCCCGUGUGUAUAUCUGAUGGGCUGUGGAUGGAAGAAGAAGCGGGAGCAGAUGGAGCGAGACGGCUGUUCAGAGCAGGAGUCUCAGCCCUGCGCAUUCAUCGGCAUCGGGAACAGCGAGCAGGAGAUGCAGCAGCUCAACCUAGAGGGGAAGAACUAUUGCACAGCCAAAACAUUGUACAUCUCAGACUCAGACAAACGCAAGCACUUCAUGCUGUCAGUGAAGAUGUUUUACGGGAACAGCGCAGACAUCGGCGUCUUCCUCAGCAAGAGGAUCAAGGUCAUCUCCAAACCUUCCAAAAAAAAACAGUCCCUCAAAAAUGCAGACCUCUGUAUAGCAUCAGGAACGAAAGUGGCGUUGUUUAACCGGCUUCGCUCACAGACGGUCAGCACACGUUACCUGCAUGUCGAGGGAGGAAACUUUCACGCCAGCUCGCAGCAGUGGGGAGCCUUUUUCAUCCACCUCUUGGAUGAUGAAGAGUCGGAGGGAGAGGAGUUCACUGUUCGAGACGGAUACAUUCACUAUGGACAAACUGUCAAACUGGUGUGCUCCGUGACUGGCAUGGCUCUUCCUAGACUGAUCAUCCGUAAGGUGGAUAAGCAGACGGCCUUGCUGGAUGCAGAUGACCCCGUCUCGCAGCUGCAUAAGUGUGCCUUUUACCUGAAGGAUACGGAAAGGAUGUACCUGUGCCUUUCUCAAGAGAGGAUCAUCCAAUUUCAAGCUACUCCAUGCCCAAAGGAACCAAAUAAAGAGAUGAUAAAUGAUGGUGCCUCCUGGACAAUCAUCAGCACUGAUAAAGCAGAAUACACCUUCUAUGAGGGCAUGGGCCCCGUACACACACCUGUCACACCUGUGCCUGUGGUCGAGAGCUUACAGUUGAAUGGUGGUGGAGAUGUAGCCAUGCUGGAGCUCACAGGACAGAACUUCUCUCCAACUCUGCGGGUGUGGUUUGGUGAUGUAGAGGCAGAGACCAUGUACAGGUGUGGAGAGAGCAUGCUGUGCGUCGUCCCAGACAUCUCCGCGUUUCGGGAGGGCUGGCGGUGGGUUCGACAGCCAGUGCAGGUGCCUGUGACGCUGGUCCGAAAUGAUGGUAUCAUCUAUUCCACGACACUCACGUUCACAUACACCCCUGAACCUGGCCCACGACCACACUGCAGCGCCGCUGGCGCCAUCCUACGAACGGGCAGUGCCAGUUUACUCUCAAUAAGCGGGAACAGCACAGGAGGGAAUGGAGAAACAGCUCCAUAUGGCACCAAUAAUGCCGUCACGGCAUCAUCCUCUAAUGCAGCCGCCGCUGUGGUGUUAUAACACACAAACUCACCGUAUGUGAAACUAAGACUAGAAACGUUGUAAAAGUGCUGCAUAUUGAAUUUCAAAGAUAAAUCCCUUAAAAGUGGAGACGGAAAUCAAGGAAUUGAUCAGUGAAAAGGCUAAACCUGUGGAGAGGACUAAAUAUUUGAAAUGGAUCUUCAGCGCCCUCUUGUGGUUUGGUGCUAGUAAUAGCCGGUUUGGUGCUAGCAUUAGACAAUGCCUGAGAGAAACACCAGCACCUUUAAACAGGUGUUGAAGACCGGAAGACAAGAUUCAUCAGCCGUGCGCAAAAUGCAUUGACUGAAAAUGGUUUUCUUUCAGUCUGUGUAUAAAAGCCUGAGAGGUCAAAACUCUUCGGAAAAGGGUCCCGUUGAAAUUGUGAGAUAACCCUUUUUAAUGGACCAAGGAUAUUGUAUAAGCUUUAGUAAAGGUACAUUUUUCCCCCCUCCAUACCUUUUUAUAUCAAAUGUUAUAAUUGUACGCUUUUGUUACCAAAUAGGUUGUGCCCCACCUCUGAGCUUGGUUUUGUUGGUUUUCUGUAUAUAGAUACUUUCAUAUACACCCGUUCGCUUGGACACCUUCGGUUUUGAUACUUUGUAUUUUGUAAUACCUUUUCGUUUUUCAUUCAUUUGGAAGAAACUCAGAGGGCCUGUUUUUUAUCAUUGGUUUUUAUGAACUCUUUUAAAAGAAAAAAAAAAGCUUUAAGCAAUGCCUCUGCCUUGCCUGCAUUACGAUAUGCGCUACGCUUCCUUUAAGCAUUUCAUCACUGACAUGUCUAGAUCUCACGAAAGGAACGACGCCAUCUUUCUGUGUCUUAUUCGGGAAACUAGAAAACACACAAUAUACUGCAUAUAGAAGCUUUGGAUGCAACGUGUCUCUUCAAUACGGUAGCCGUAGAGUAGUUUUGUUCUAGAGCACAUGUAGGAUAUCCCACAUAUCAAUAUCAGAGAGUUUACUGUAGUUUGUGACGUUCAAGUUCUGACCGACUCCUAAAGUUUCAGUGCCGUUUUAUAACGUUGAACAUCCAGUGUUUUGUCUUCCUAAACAUUUUUUUAAAUUCGGUCCUAAGGGGACGAUUUGGAGACGUGUCUACCAUUAGAUGUGGCCUUACUGGAACAAAGGUUCCCUGUUUAGUUCACCACCUUCAAAAGGAGGUUUACAAACAUGACCCGAGGAACCAAGCCUUGCAUUUUGAACAUUUUACAUGCGAUUUUUGUGAUAUUUAAACUUUCUAAAUUUUCAUUUUGUUGUUCGGAUUUAGAAGAUUUAAAUGUGUUAUAGAUACAAACAUGCCCAAAGAUAUUAUAUUGCAUUAUUGUCUCUUUUUAUUUUUGAAAAGUAUGUCUGGAUUUGUGGCCUACCGCACACCAAAAGUAGGAAGCUUUACUCCGUUGGUCAUUGAUGUGUUUAUCGUGGCCUUGGUGUCUCAACUAGUAGACUAGUAUUAAUGACAAAAAAAAAAACUAGCUCUAAUCAACUCAUCAACCAGCACUAAUAGUGUUUUGUGAUUUUCUUUUUUAUGUACAGUAAUUUAACUUUUGAAUAUUAUGCGUCCAUUUGUAGAAAAAAAAAACUAAAGAUAAAAAAA